GAAUAUUUUUAGCAGUUUAGCCAGCUUUCCCUUUCAUACAGGGCAUAUAAGGUGUCCCUAGACUUUAAAAUAUUGGUAGCGUCCGCUGCCCUCUGUGUGUUUCCUUGCUUCCUUGCUGGCUGGUUGGUGUAACUGCUGUUCCCAUCCGAAAGUUGCCAUGGUAAACCUUGCAGGAAUUCUGCGAGAUCACUGGGUCAAUGUGCUUAUUCCUGUUGGAUUUGUGAUUGGAUGGUAUUUAGACAGGAGGAAUGAUGAAAAGUUAAGUACAUUCAGGAACAAAAGCAUGCUGUACAAAAGAGAAUUGAAACCUGGUGAAGAAGUCACAUGGAGAUAAAGACCUUUAUUAACCAAAAAUCAUCAUCUUAAAUAAAAUAUCUUUGCCGACUACA